AUGGAGGCGGAAAAGGCGGCCGCGGGUACCAAUCCGGAUGGGCAAAUCGCACCGGAAAAGGCAGACCAACCCACAGCUUCAGUACCCGACCUGGAAGACGCCCCAGAUCCCGAUGAGGAUGACCUCGAUGACCUUGAUGACAUGCUAGAAGAGUUUUCUAGCGCAAAACUAGGCGAAGCAUCCCUAGCACCUGGGGUCCCUGAGAAAGCUGCUGUGAAGACGUCGACAUCUGCUCCAGCGGGCGCAUCAUUAGACACGGAGAAUCCACUAGAUGGACUCGAUGAUUUGUCCGAGGAGGAAUUCCAGAAGCAUCUUCAGGCCGGGAUGGCAGAACUAAUGGGCGGAUUGGACAAUUCGCCAGAUAUGCAAGCCCAGUUUGAGAACAUAUUCAAGGGGCUCAGAGGAGAUGGCCCAGAAAGUUCAGGGAGCGGAUCGGAGUCGAUUCCACAGUCGUCCGAUAAAGCAUCCUCGGACACAAGUCAGGAUGCCUCGUUCCAGGAGACGAUCCGGCGGACGAUGGCCAGAAUGCAAGAGUCGGGUGACCAGGCCACAGCAGCAGCUACCGCUGAAGGUUCCGAGGAUGAUUUUAUUGCUGAGAUGAUUAAGGCGAUGAAAGAUCUCCCCAACGAGGGAGGUAACGAAGAAGACUUCUCCAAAGUGUUAAUGGGGAUGAUGGAACAGCUCACCAACAAGGAAAUUCUAUACGAACCUAUGAAGGAAUUGAACGACAAAUUCCCCGCAUGGAUGGAGAAGAACAAGGACACCUUACCAAAGGAUGAUUUAAAGCGCUUCCAGGAACAAGAAGUUCUAGUUGCAGAGAUGGUAGCCAGAUUCGAGCAACCCACGUAUGCCGAUUCGAACGCGGCGGAUCGGGAAUACAUCGUGGACAGGAUGCAAAAGAUGCAAGCAGCAGGUUCUCCUCCUCAUGAUCUAGUUGGAGAUAUGCCAUCAGCCAAGGAAGUUCUGGAUGCGCCUGAUGAGUCGUGCGCGCCUCAGUGA